AUUCAAAAUGAGUUCGAUUUUAAUAACCGGGUGUAAUCGUGGAAUUGGAUUUGCAUUAAUUAAAAACUUAGUGCAAAAGUCAAACAAUAGUACACAGUUAAUAGCAACUUGUAGAAAUAUUAAUAAAGCCGAGGAACUAAGAAAGUUACAAGAGGCGAACUCUAAUGUUCACAUUUUAGAACUAGAUCUAAAUAAAUUUGAAAAUUAUCAAGAUUUUUCCAAAAAUGUUGAACGUAUCGUCCAGGACAAAGGUUUAAAUGUUUUAAUAAACAAUGCUGGAAUAUCAACAAAAUUUACUAGACUUAAUUUAGUUAAAGUCGAUCAAUUGGUAGAUAGUUUAACAACAAAUACAGUUGCACCGAUAAUUUUAACUAAGACUUUACUACCACUACUACAAAAAGCAGCCAAGAUUGAUCCAGCCAAUAACAAAUCAAAAAUUAUUAAUAUGAGUUCAAUAUUAGGUUCAAUAUCUCUAAAUGAUGCCGGUGGAUUUUAUCCUUAUCGAUGUGCAAAGACAGCUUUAAAUGCUGCCACAAAAUCCAUGAGUGUUGACCUCAAAAGUGAUGGCAUUAUAGCUGUAAGUUUACAUCCAGGAUGGGUAAAGACGGAUAUGGGUGGAAAAAAUGCACCGUUAGAAGUAGAUACGUCGGCUCAGGGUAUUAUUAAUAUCAUGGAAACAAUUACGGAGAAAGACAGUGGAAAAUUUUUACAAUAUGAUGGUAAGACAUUGGCUUGGUAAUUUAUAAGAAUAUUUGUUUUAACUGGGUACAGACUGGAUUGAAUAAAAGCCAACAACGCUUGAUAUACCUCAUUAAUGCUAUUAAAUGUUCAUUAAAAAUCGACAAGAUUCUUAUAUGGAAUACUGCAUAGAGGAAGAUGUUUUUAAGAAAAAUCCGAAUAAGGUAUUAACUAUGGUUAGAAAUACUUCGAUUAAAAACACAUGGAUAAAAUGGCGACUAUUACGAAGAUCUUCUAUCCAGUACUCUAUAUAUGGACCUUGGAUGAGAAUCUCAUUUCAUUUGUACAAUUUUAGUACAUCGUUCUUGUUUUAUUUGACAAUUCAGCUCUUACAUACUCUAUUUGUUUUGAUUUUACUCGACUGGGCAACGCAUAUGAGGGCAAUGUGUUUAUUUACAAACAUUAAAUCAAAUCACAAUCAUAGACAUUAUAGGAUCAAUGUCUAUUAUCAUCACAAUUCAAUACAUUCAAAUCAAAAUUACCUGAUCGCACAACUUACAAUACUGCUACUGUACAGCUUCCGAGCACAAAAAGUCCAUUUUAGGGCUUUGUUCAUCCAGUCUGUGCCUAGAUAUACCCAAAGAUAUUAUUAGCAAUAAAUAUAUAUUUAUACGUAAUGUUGUA